UUCUUGAUGAGUAGAGCAUCAAGAAAACAUAAAAAUAAAAACUUAGGGAAAAAAUUUGGAAUUUUAUUUCAUAAAAUAUGUUAGGAUUCCUCAAAAUCCUCUUCUCCAAUUGUAAACAAACUCAUAGAAUUGCUAGUAAAAAACCACUCAGCCAAUUUCAUUCAUCCUCUAUAACACUUCUUGAUUUUUCAUCAACAAGAAUUUUAUCAUUGAAAGAACAAUCGUCUCUGUUUGCUGAAAAUGAUGACUAUACCGAUGAUUUUCAGGUGAUGGAUUUUCCUGGUGGAAAAGUUCCAAUUACUCCUCAAAUGAAAUUUAUUUCGGAGUCGUCUGAGAAGAGAUUACCUUGUUAUAGAGUUCUUGAUGAUGAUGGUUAUCCACUUCCAGGGACAAUCUUUGAGGAGGUGAGCAAAGAAUUGGCAAUAAAGAUGUAUAGUUCAAUGGUGACACUUCAAACUAUGGAUACCAUUUUUUAUGAAGCGCAAAGGCAGGGGAGGUUGUCGUUCUAUCUCACAACUGCUGGAGAAGAAGCUAUCAACGUAGCAUCUGCUGCUGCUCUUUCCUUAGACGACUUCGUGUUACCUCAGUACAGGGAAGUAGGGGUUAUAUUAUGGCGUGGUUACCCCUUGGAACAGGUUGCCAAUCAAUUGUUCGGAAACAAGUUUGAUUAUGGAAAAGGAAGGCAAAUGCCCUGCCACUAUGGUUCUAAUGAGCUCAACUACUUAACUGUUUCUUCGCCAAUAGCAACACAGAUUCCUCAGGCCGUGGGCGUUGCUUAUUCCCUCAAAAUGGAAAAAAAGGAGGCUUGCGCGGUCACUUAUUUUGGAGAUGGUAGCACCAGUGAGGGAGAUUUUCAUGCAGCAUUAAACUUUGCAGCAGUAUUGGAUGCUCCUGUUGUCUUUAUAUGCCGCAACAAUGGAUGGGCCAUUAGCACUCCUAUAAACCAACAAUUUCGAAGUGACGGAAUCGCCUCUAGAGGACAAGCGUAUGGUGUUAGAAGCAUUCGUGUAGAUGGCAACGAUGCCUUGGCAACUUAUAGUGCUAUUCGUGCAGCUCGCCAAAUGGCAAUUAAGGAACAAAGGCCAAUAUUAGUAGAGGCCAUGACAUAUAGAGUAGCUCACCAUUCAACAUCUGAUGAUUCAACCAAGUAUCGACCCGUUGAGGAAAUCGAACACUGGAAGACAGCAAAAAGCCCUAUAUCAAAAUUCAGAAAAUACAUUCAAAGAAAUGGCUGGUGGAAUGAUGAAAAUGAAUCAGAACUUCGCGGAGACAUCAGAAAACAGGUGUUGCAAGCUAUUCAAGCAGCAGAGAAGGUGGAUAAACCUUCAUUGAAAGAUUUGUUUACAGAUGUUUAUGACAAAAUGCCAUUAAAUCUUCAAGAUCAAGAGAAAUUUGUUAAGGAUGCUGUAAAAAGAUCUCCAAAAGAAUAUCCUUCUGAUGUUCCUAUAUAAGCUUAUAGUGUGUUAUGAUAAGGGGCAGAGCUACAGCUUCGCAAUCAAUUCAUUCGUGUUGCGUAAUAUGUAUAAUUAAUUAAUUAGUAAACUCUGAAUCAAAAACUCGUAAACUCAAAAUCUCAACUCGGUUUCUGAAUAGCUAGCUAGAAAGCAACUCUGAAAUUGUCAGGUUCUAUGAAGUUAUAUAUAUAAAUAGCUACAUUAUAAACAAAAGUUCUGAAACAAA